UGAUUUUCUUGACGACUGACAUGAUGAGGAUGAUGAUGAACUCUUCAACUGUGCAGUGUGCAUGUGUGUCUUUGACGUUUUAGCUUUUGAAGUUUCUUGACUUACAUACAUCAUGAAUGUUCAGUCCAUCGUUGUAAAGUUGUGAAGUGAGGGAGAGUGAUAAAGCCAGGCCAGGAGUCUGCUCAGAUUUACCUCAAGUCGCUUACGUCGAUCAGGACUAUCUCUACCACCAUGAGUUGCCCACACAGUAAUGCCAGUUCAAAGGACGCAGUGAAAGCAAGCAGGCAUUACUCAUCCUAUCUACAGCUAAACAAGCUGCUGACAAGUCAGUGUACUGUCAGUCAGAAUGCACCGGAUAGAGACAAACCUGUCCAUGAUGAGCACCUCUUCAUUGUCGUACAUCAAGUGUUUGAAUUGUGGUUCAAGCAAAUCCUGGUUGAGAUCUUCUCCGUUCGUCACAUUCUUCUUGAAACUGUUGUCGAUGAAAGCUCCAUGCUCGUCAUAACCACACGUCUGAACCGUGUUGUUAAGAUCAUGAACCUGUUUCUUGAGCAGUUUGCAAUCCUGGAAACUAUGACACCCAUGGAUUUCAUGGACUUCCGUGACAUGUUGGCACCGGCCUCUGGCUUCCAGAGCCUUCAGUUUCGCAUUGUUGAGAACCUGCUUGGAGUGAAGAAGGAGAACCGUGUUUGUCUGGAACCUCACUAUACAGAAGUGUUCGGAGGUGAUGCUGAGAAAAUCCUCUGUGAGUCCGAAGAAGGUCCAUCUCUGCUGACAGCUGUGGAGAAAUGGCUGGAAAGAACACCGGGUCUUGAUAAUGAUGGCUUCAACUUCCCAGAACGCUAUGCUCAGGCUGUGAAGAGCAUGCUGGCAGCCGAGUCCAAGGACGAAUCUGAAAGUCCGGAGGUGCGAGACACAAAGCAGAAGGCUGCAGAGCGUGACAGACAACUGUUUGACUCCAUUCUGUCUGCUGAGAAACACCAGGCAAUUGUUGAUCAAGGUGACAGACGGCUUUCCCACAGAGCAACACUUGGAGCACUGCUGAUCUUUUUAUAUCGGGAUGAGCCUCGUUUCAACGAGCCGUUCAAAGUCUUGCAGCUCAUGAUGGAUAUUGACUCAGCGCUGAUGAAGUGGAGACACAAUCAUGUUGCAAUGGUUCAGCGAUUUCUUGGAACUCGCGUUGGCACGGGUGGAUCCUCUGGUUAUUUGUACUUGAGAUCUACUGUCAGUGAGCGCUACAAGAUUGUCCCUGACCUGUUCAAUCUAUCAUCUUUCAUCUUGCCUCGUGCAUACACGCCAGCACUGACAGAAGAGAUGUUCGCUCUCCUAACAAGGCACAAGGCCACUUCUCAGUCGGCAACAGUGCGUGAACAGCCUGGCUACGGUGAUGCUUCCAUGGGUCAGACAACGGAGAGGUUGAUGAAGUCAAAGGAUAUCAACCUGUAUGAGCCGUGGAAGUGCCCAGCCAAAGACACCUAGAUCUCACUCAUACACACACUCACUAGCUCCUAUCUCUUAUCAGUGCACUGCAGACCUACAAGUCUACAGAGCCCACAAUGCUGUGUAGCCGUUCUGCUAUCUCCUCUUUCAUAACAAGACACCCGUGACUGUCUUACAUGUCCUGAGUCAAACUAAAGUUUGAUGUGUGAAGAUGCCAGUGCGUUGUCACUUCAUAUCUGUACAAAAAGUGCUCAUCUCUACUGACAUGGAAUCAUUUCUCUCAAAGUAGUUCGCGACAGUUGUCGCCAUUUUGGCCAACAAGCAAUGGUUGCGAGUCCGAACCACAUUUACGACGACUUUUUUUUUUCUUUCUUUUUUUCUUCUUUUAGAAAUCAAAGUUUGUGGGUUAGAAUCCCAAUGUGGGCUAUUUUCUUUUUUCUUUCAAUUACAUUGAUACUUUCAGAUUGCUCAGGGAACAUUGCCAAGCAAAGAAAGGGCUCUCCAAUUUGUUUUUUGUUUUUUGUUUGUUUGUUUUUUAACCUCUUUUGAUCAAUCUCACUUUGCAGACCUAACCCGAUGCAGUAAUAAUAGUAAUACUGUACGAGUGUGAGCCUAACCUAUUCCCAUUUAACUACCAUUAGUGUAUUAAUAGUAUAAACUACUUGAAAAAGAUGAACACUUGUGAACAAUGA